UGAAAUGAGUGACAAUUCUUCAAGUACUACAGUCAAAUUGGAGGAUAACUUUUUGCGCCAGAAAGUACGGGAGUAAGCGCGUCGGCAACGCCAAGAACUGCGUACAAGUGCUACAGAUGCGUUGCGUUUUGGGUUGGGAAAAAUAAAGGAAGAAAUUAAGGAGAUCGAACCCCUCUCAGUUAAGGAUGUGAAUGGACGAUAUGUAUCGUUUAUCUUAUGCUUUCCUUCAGGGCAAUGAAAACAUCAACGCAUUUGCUGAUAAGCAGGGCGCUGUGCAGGUGCUGGUAAAAGAACUCACAGGUAUAGAUCUGACACGUAGAUUUGAUGCCGCCGAAUGCUUUUGCAACUUUUCGUUGGGAGAAGCGCAUGUCUGCGAAAAGAUUGCCACAUUGGCAGGUACCUAUCUGGUCACUUAUAUGGACAUCAAAGAGCCUCGCUUGAAACGUAGCUGUCUAUGGACAUUGGCCAAUAUUUUGUCUACAAGCAACAAAGCGACCACGACCCUGCUUCAGAUGCAGCUUGUGCCAAAGCUCUGGAAGUUAUAUACUGCACCUGCCGAUGAUCUGAAUGUUUAUCAAGAAGAUGCUGCCAUUUGCUUAUAUCUGAUAGCGACAUCUGCUGCUGAUUUGCUAAGUUCCGAGGACCGUCGCUAUAUUGCUGAGCACGUGCAUGAGAAGUGUGCCUCCGGACCGGCAUCUGAAUAUUACAUGCACAUCAUAUUUCAAACGGAAAUUUUGAGACUGGAGCAAGAAUUGUGCUUGCGAAAUUCUAAAAACCUGUUGAGUUUUGUAGAGACGUGUCUGCAGGGCGAUUUUAAGACUCCAACAGAAAAGUUUAAAGUUAUUUAUGCUGUACGUGUAUUUACCAACAUUGUGGCCACAUUUACAUGCAUUGACAAUGCUAAGUUAAUUAAGAAUUUAGUGGAAACAUUGAAAAGGCUCUUUGCUUUACAAGAUGAAAGUUUAACGAUGGAUUUAUUGCGCUUGGUUAAAAAUAUAAUGAAUUUACAGCAAUCGGACAAAUUGCUGGACCAUUUGCAAGUCCAUGCCUUCGGCUCAAUGCAACUAUAUAUUUAAACCUAUGUGUAUAAAACUACAAUUUUUGCUUGGUGAGUUGUAUUUUUUUCUUUUAUUCGUAUGAUAACGAUUUAGUUGCCAUUGAUUGAAUAUGUUGCAUACAUGCAGACGAGCAAAAACUACAAAUGAACAAUUGAAAAGGUAUACAUACAUACGUUCACAAACACAUGAAGUGA